AGCCCGCGCCGCGCCCUGCCCUCCCCCCCCCAGUCCCCCCCGCCCCCCCGCGGCGGCGGCGGCGCCGCGGCGCACGGCGCGCAGAUGGGGGCCGCGAACUGCUCGAGCUGCGGCUGCGACAGCGAGCAGGAGAAGCAGAACACAACCAACAUCAAGCCGCACCACCAAAGCGCGCAAGGCUACGCAGGUGGACCUUCGAGCCCGCCGAUGGGCGGACCGCGCGGCUUUGACGAGGGCCUCAGCAAGAGCAACAUGCCCGACCACCCCUCGCACGGCGACUACGGCCUCAAGGACCCGCCGGCCCCAGGCAGGGCCGAGCAGCGGCACCGCGCCUGCCACCCAGGUGGCGCCGGCCGCGCCUGACCCAGGGCGAGGCACGACGCUGGCUCCCUCCCACCCACCCACCCUCCUCCG